GAUUUAUUUAAUUUAUCUUUCUUGAGCUGUUUUGAUUAUAAUGGAAUCUGAUUUAUCCGAUAUUGAAAGUGACUUGUACCCUUUAAACGUGCUUAAGGAUGAAUUAGCAAAUGUAGAUCUUCAAGCGCGGCUGAGCUCAAUUUCUAAAAUUUCAACAGUUGCACUUGCUUUAGGCACUGAAAGAACCAGAACUGAAUUACUGGGAUUCUUGAGAGAAAAUGUGUUAAAUGACGACGAUGAAGUCAUUGUAACUUUAGCUGAAGAACUGGCUAACUUCGUGCCUUUAAUCGGGGGAGCAGAGUAUGUUCAAUGCCUAACGCCUUUAUUAGAAACUCUUGCGAGUGCUGAAGAAGCCAUCGUUCGCGAUAAAGCCGUUGAAGCUCUUCUUUCUAUUUUGAAGGAUGUUACUGAUAACGAAAUUCACGUGUUUGUGCAACUUAUUCAAAAUUUGGCCAAACAAGAUUGGUUUUGCGCUCGGAAUUCAGCAACGGGUUUGUUUUCUUCGGUCUACCCACGUGCUCUUAAUAGCCAGAGGCCUUUGUUGAGGGAGAUAUUUUCUGCGUUAUGCGAGGAUGAAACGCCAAUGGUGAGGAGGGCAGCCGCCUCUAAACUCGGGCGCUGGAAGUUUAACGAUUCAUCUAAAAGCGAUUAUAUUAAAGGAAUGAUUCGCUGA